AAUUUCGUUCUUACAGGUCGCCGCCGUGAACGACCUUCACCUUUCAAAACAAAAAUCUGUUGAAAUUUGUGUAAAAAUGUUUGACAAAAAUUUACUAUUGGUUGGAAGCUUAUCAAGUAUCUUUGCUGCAACUGUUUAUAUAUUUUGGGGGCCAUCAAGUAAAACAAAUAAAAAAGCUCUAUGUAGAGGUUUAGAGAAUUUGGGAAAUACAUGUUUCAUGAAUGUUGUUUUACAAGCAUGGGCAUCUACACCAUCAGUUGUAUCAUGGUUGAAUGAAUUUAUUGAGAAAAAUACAGAAAAUGCUCACAGGCAAUGCCUAGCUAGACCAUUACUUAGAACUCUUAAUGUACUAAAUAACAAAGAAGAAGAUUGUGGGGACGUCCAUUCACCAGCUGAUAUCAUAGGAGCCCUAAGGUCAAGAAGAUGGGUCAUUUCACAUGACCAGCAGGACGCUCAUGAGUUGUUUAAUGUGUUCACAUCCACAUUGGAUGAGGAGAAUGCAAAGUUUCCGAGGAUACUGCCAUUGUUUGAACUUCCAGCACUCGAGAACUCAAACCUUAAGUAUCAGCCAUCUAACAUGGCUUCAUCAAAGACCAGAGGUCUGUUACCAGUGUUGCCGUGCAGGGAGUUGGACAAUCCAUUCCGUAUGUUGUUUGCCAGUCAGCUGGAGUGUGUGGACUGUAAAUACCGACAUCCUGUCAGAUAUGAUCUCAGUGACAGUCUCUCUCUUAGCUUUCCUAAAACAGCUUGGAGUGCAAUUAAACUGGAGGUAUUGUUACAAAGAUUUAUCACCUCAGAGAUAGUACAAGACGUAGACUGUCCGGGAUGUAAAAAAAUACAAGCCCAGAAAAUAAAAAGGUUAAAAGAGGAAGAUGGACUGGAAACUAACACAUUGUUUGUUGAAAACCCAAAAUCUUCUUGUUUGAAAAGACUCACAAUUGGAAAGUUACCCCAGUGUUUAUGCUUACACAUGCAACGAACACAGUGGUUGGACAGUGGAAUUCCGUUGAAGAAAUACGAACAUGUGGUAUUCCCAGAAGUUUUACAAAUGGAGGAUUACGUGUAUACAAAGUGCGAGAAAUCUGCUAGAAACGGUCUUCUAGGUGGGAAAGCUUUAUUUGGGAAUACAGUCAUUCCGUUGCCAUCACAACCACCAGUACUAUCACCUACAUCCGGUCACAUAACUCUUCUACGUGCUUUGAAUUACGAUUCCCGUAUCUCAUCACACGGUCUUUUCCUCCGCCCGUCAUCGCCCGCCUCUAGUCAGUCCGCAACGGGCCAAACAGUAACUAGUCAUCAUACAAACGUACAGUCAGACAUUAACCAUAACAGUCCGAAAUCGCAGGACUAUACUUACAAACUUACAGCUGUAGUGACUCACCUUGGAGACGUUUUUUCCGGACAUUUUGUAACAUAUCGUAGAAGUCCGUCAACGAAAGCUGGGAACAAGUACAGUUCGAAAUGGCUGUGUACGUCAGAUCAUGCCGUAAAGGAAGUGACAUUUGAUGAAGUUCUAUCAACAGAAGCUUACAUGUUAUUCUAUGAAAGACUCUGAUCGUGACCUUUGACCUUUUUGCAGUUAUACAUGAUUUUUUACCAUUCCAGCAUUUGACAGUUUUUUAAAGCAUUUUUAAGCAUAAUAGUCAUGAUCUGGUAUACCAUAUUAAAUAACGCUGCACAAAUGAUAAAACAUAACCAAUGGAUAUGUGUUCAUUCCAUAUAACUAAAGUUUUUAGUGUAAGUAUGCACCCCACCCACUUUUAGAGUUACUUUUCACCUUGUGUGUUACAUGUUUGUAUGUUAUCAAAACCAUGACAACGGGAUUUUAUUUGUGAACCUUAUGAUAUUACUAUACACCAGUCUAAGUUAAGAUCAUCCAGCAUAUUUUGUUUUUUAAGUUUUGCAUAUUCAUGCCAAGAUAUAUAAACAUUUUAAGUAUUAAGUAUUUUAUUUUUCUAGUCCUCAUUUUAUCUUUCAUUGUUACUGAUUUUAUUUUAUUUGAAUUUGAUUUUAUAAAAACUAAAUGACCUGAAUUUAGAUUUUACAAAAAAGAAGUGCCCUGAAUUUUAUUUUUUUUAAUAAGUGACCUGAAUUUAAUUUUACAAAAAAGUAAGUGCCAUGAAUUUAGUUUUACAAAAAAAGAUGCCCUGAAUUGGAUUUUACAGAUAUCUAUUGCCCCGAAAUAAAUGUUUCAGACAAUAAAUGAGUGGAAUAUGAAUUCUAAGAUAUUAGAAAAAAUUCAUUCUUAGAAAUAGAAUAAUUUGCCAAUAAGAUAUGUUGUAUAAAUUACAAUGUAUAUCAUUUAAGUGAAGUUAUGUAGAGGCUCUGCCACUUAGAAAUUUUGAAAGUUUGAUAAUUUUGUUUUAAAAGUCAACUUUGUGUUAUUCCUAAUUGAACAAAUUGAUGACUUUCACCACAUGUUUAAAUAUCAUUUAAAUUUGUUAUGAAUAUCCCAUUGUAAUUAUUAUCUUGGACUAGGGAUGACUUUUUCACUACUUUUAUGCCAUGUUUAGUGUGCCAAAUUAAGACCACAUAUAUAACUUACUAUUGGCGGGAUACGUUUUAGUGCAUUACUAUGAAUUUAAGACAACUAUUUUGGCAUAUGUAUGCAAAGUAGUCAAUUUGAAGUGAAUGCAUACUACUAUAUGUUGAUUGAUAAGUAAAUUGAAUUACUUUGAAAGGCAGACAGACUUAAGGAUAUAUUUUGUAUAAUCAAUAUGUCCAGUCUUUACUUUGGAACUGUACUUUGGUUGUUUCCAUAUCAAAAUGUUAAAAUUGAGUAGUCAGCAGCAUAGAGCCUGGAUAGAUGGUAGUCAUGGUACUUAUUUCUCAGGCUGACUUGGCUGGCUCCAUACUGGUGGCAUAGUCAAGUAUGAAUCUCUGUUAUGUGACUCUAAUGGUGCUGGAACUGAAAAUGAUUGGUCUUUGGCUCCAGCAUAAAUAAAACUUGGACAUGAUGUUAUAGGGCUUAAACCAAUGACCCCUGGUUUGAAAGGUAGACUUAUUUAUCAUAAGCCAUUUUUCUCCAUUUAUUUAUUAGUUUUAAGAUAUUUAUGUUUAGUUCAGAUAAUUUAACCUUUUUGAAAUAAUACUUUUAAGAGCAUUGAAUUAUUGAAUUGAUAUUUUACAGCUGCAUUAUAUGUAGAUAUACAGUGUUGUUGCUUAUUUCUAGACACACUAAUGUUGCACUCAUUUUAUAUCGCUUGUUUUGUUCCCAUUUUGAUAAUAAAAUGAAUCUUAUUUGA